AUGGUAUUUAUUGACCUUGAGAAAGCUUAUGACAAGGUUCCUAUGGAGGUUCUUUGGAGAUGCCUGGAGGUGAAAGUUCUGCCGAUAGCUUACAUUAGGGCGAUAAAGCAUAUGUAUUAUGAAGCUAAGACUCGGUUUAGGACUGUGGGUGGUGACUCGGAGCAUUUUUUGGUUGUUAUGGGUUUGCACCAAAGAUCUGCACUCAGCCCGUUCUUAUUUGUCCCGGCGAUGGAUGCACUCACAUACCAUAUUCAAGGGGAGAUAGUUAGUACACUCACCGUAGGAUCCGACGAUCAGGCACCCGCGCUCCCUACUAGAGCUGCGAGAUGCCAGUGCUGGAGCAGAGACCGAGGACGAGCACAUGGUGCAGCUAGAGCACCCGCCCGAGCUGCAACAGAUGAGUCACCACUAGAUCCAAUCGGGGGUCACACACACGAGGCGCCUAUUGCCACCCAGCACUUUAGGAGACCCUCGCACAGUUCAUGA